CUUGAGUCCGGAGAAUGGACAGCAAGUCGAAAAGAUUGAGAAUGCUGGAUGAUUAGCGUGCCUUUAGCCACUACAGUCCACUACUCCAAAGCAUUGUCUUUUCAAUAUCGUAGGCUUGCAUCAUUGUGGCACAGCCCAUUCAAAAUCUGUGCCUCAAAAUAUUGCUUAUGAAAGCGUUUCGUCGCAAGCCUACUUUCGAACUUUCACGAGGUGCGAAACUUUCCACCGUGAGAUCCACAACAAAGGACACAAUCUUAUCACAUACAUACCUGGGAAGGGAGGUCUCGGCUACACACUGAGCUUGCUUUUUAUUCCCUCCAUGGCCUCAAACAAAGCCUUCGAUGAGCUCACGGCUCAAGAACAAACUAUUGAAGUAACCCGGCAGCGUACCAACGCCCUCGCUAAGAAUCUGGACAGCUACCAACGUCUAGCCUUUGAGAGUGGCGCCCAAGGAACAGGAAAUGUUGCGGAUUGGAACAGCAUCAAUACUGCCGAGCAGGGUUUUAUCAACAGCAUUAAAGCAUUCACCAAUUUUCUUGAUGUUCCCGAUCCUUCAAACACAACACUGCGACCGGUAGCUUCGGGUGAGCGGCGCAAAUUUCUUGAAGAAACAUCCGUAUUUCCCAAUGAGAAAUUUCCCUAUCAGAAGGGGUACGGUAGCGAUCAGACUUUGUAUGAGCUUCUAAGGAGAAGACAGGAUCCACAGGUCAGUGCCUGGAUGCAGCGGAUGGAGAAUGUGGGUCGGGAAUUGGAGGAAGGAAGUUUGUUAGAUGGGGAGAGGAUAACGGCCAGCGAAUAUGCAGACUUGUGGACUUGGGCAGCAAUCACGGGAGAUGAGAUGAAUAGGGAAUUAUUUGGAGGUGCAGGCGGACUGGAUGAAGAAGACGACGAAGGCGAUGGGGAUGAAAGCGAGGAUGAUGAGGCGGGCAAGGUUAAAGGGAAAGGCGUUGAGGCUCAAAAAGCGAUGCCGUUGACGCACAUCUUGAGUUUUGCGUCGAAUGGAUACAUUCCACCUGAUCAGCCCAAGGACCAAAUUAGACGAUAACGGCUGGGGCAAAGACAACGAUUAUAGAGAGCACAUUACGCUGUUAUACAACGAAGGAAACGUCUCAUAGCUCGAACUGCUUCGAAUCCAGAUCAUGGAAGAUACCCACGAAAUCAAAUUGAAGGUACGACAGAGAAUU